AUGUACCGCUACCUCCGUACAAGCCAAACAGUGGUGGAGCUAGAAGUCCCCCUUGGCCGUGUGGUCGGCGGCACGCAGGUGUACAAAGGCACCUUCCGGCCCUGCUCCUCUCACGAAGACUGCCUUCCCAACGAGUGCUGCGUCUACGGCCUGAGCAGGGGCGACAGCUGCAUCCAGCAGUCCAAGCCGUGUCCCGUCAUUAAGGUGCCCGUAAGACCGCGGCCCCGCUUUUGCCCGCCGUACAACAGUGGCGGCUUCUUCUUCAACGCGUGCUCGGCGCCCGAGGACUGCCCAUACCCGUACCUGUGCUGUCGCCUCCGGGGAUCCUACAUGUGUGUGCCCUCCUUCUAUGACAGGCGCCGCCGACGACGUCGACGUCACGCGAUCGCAGGCCUGCAUUACGAGCACGACGACGUCGGGGUGUCGAAGUGGCACGCGACUGAUACGGCUUUGUCUUCCUGAGAGCCUGCAGUAAACGUGAUGCCA